AUGAGGGGCAGCAUUUGUCAGUUCUUGUUGAUGGCGCAUGCCGUCUGCGCCAUCACCGGACCGAGAGUAGAGAAUGACUUCGAUAGACGAAGACAGGCCUCGCUACCGCAUCCCGGGUUUACCGAGCACCAAACGAGAUUCGGCCUAAGUUCACCGUUACAAGGCUUCCAGCAACAACAGGGAUUAAUCACGAACCCCCCACCCACAGUGCAGUUCCAACAAUCCAUAUUCCCCCAGCAACAACCCCAGCAGCUUCCCCAGCAACCGCAGCAACCUUCCUACGUGCCGCAGUUCAACAACCACAUCCCAAGUAUCUCCAACAACUUGCCCCUACCAAACAACAACUUCCAAUUCAACCCCCAGGCCAGCAACCCCCCGCUUCUACAGAACAACUUCCAACAACAACAAAACUUGAGACCGAUCCCUCCACAAACACAGAACAUUUUGCAACAGCCCAUUCCCACGAUACCAACCUAUCAGAAUGGACAUCUGCAGCAAAACCCCACCUUCCAGCCAAGUAUCCCCGCAACCGUCAACAUCAACCAACAAAGACCAACACAGCAAGCUUUCUUACCCACCAUCUCACCGGCACACAACCAGCCCAUCAGCCAACCCAUCUUCAGCCAGCCGAACCCCAUAACUAUUCAACCAGCACCGAACCUAGCUCCACAGAACUUUAACCCGAAUCAAAACGCACAGCUCCCCUUCCAGGCGACUCUUGGCCAACAACCCAUAUUCUCUAAUGGACAGUCAUCUCAAAUACAAGACAUUUUGGAACAACAGUCCAAAGAGAAUUUGGAGAAAUUGAAGGAGUUGCAGGAAAGGGCGAGAAUUAUUCAGAAACACCAGGAGUUUGUGCAGAAACAGCAACAGAAGCAACAAGAGAAAGUAGAGAAGUUGCACGAAGAAUUCGUAAAGAAACAGGCGACCAAAUCAGUUCCAAUUUACUCAACGACAGAAAAUUACGAAGAGUAUUUUAACAGGAACAAUGAAAGGCGACGACCGAUUCUGCCCCAUGAGACUGAUUUGUUCAAAAAAGCUGUUGAACUAUACGAAAGAGAACACCCUACAACCACCACUACCACAACUACGACAACAACGACAACCACCCCGCCCCCGCCCCCACCUCCGACACCCAGGUACAGACCUCGUCCUAAACCAAAAACCAGGAACCCUCCCCAGGACAGAAACAAGCAGAAACUGUACAACGAAAUCAAGAAUCUCUUAGAAGAAAGCGAAACUAAGGGAUUCGACGACAGCUUGAGAGCGAAGAGUGCCGAGCUAUUGAAGAAGCCAGACAUUUUGAAGCAACUUAAAGUAGCUCUUGCUGAAAACCCAGCAGACUUUUCCGAAAAGAACUUCUCAUCCCGAGAGAUAUCACUAAAUGGACAGAAGUACGAAGUAAUUAGAACAACAAACCCUAACCUGAUUCCCAAAGGUGCCAUAACUGCUGACAGUUCUAACUUGGCACAAAUCAUGGCCGCUGCUCAGGCUGAACCACAAAAAGAGAGCAGAGUUUCAAUUGAAGAUCUGACGAAAGGUAUCUUACCACCCGGUGCUAACUUCGAACUGAUCAAACAAGCAGAAAAUGGCAAACUUGAAGAAGUCAAAGCACCUAGUGAAUUACAGAACAAAAAGAAAGUCACUUUCGUUUUCUUAGAAGAACAAGAAGACGGAUCCUUCAAAGUCAAGGGAGUCAAAGCAAACGGACAACAAACCGAGGAAGGUCCUGAAGUGGAAAACAUUUUGAAAAAGAUUAAGAAUGGUGAAAUCCAACUGCCUGGACAGACAAAGAUUUCCAACUCGAUCUUCAGUUCAACCACUGCCAGUCCGAUCACUGAAACAACGGACUACGUGGCAGCAUCUUCUCACCAUCCAUCAAGUUACUCGACCUUCGUCAGUACCUCCAACCAUGGAUCCACAGGCCACACCAUCCCCGUCUCCCACACUACACCGACGCCACACUUCCAGGCUUCUAGAAGCACAGCACAAACUCAGACACACUUCCCGUCUACCGUGACCGUGUCAAGUACAGAGCGAUACAACACGAAGUCCAGUACCCCUGCCUUCGACUUCACGUCCAGUAGGAACAGCAUCAACCAAUCGCCUAGAAUCACUUAUCCUAGCUCGACCCUCUCAACGAUCAGUACUACUCCAUUCCGUUCCCAGGAGAAAGACUUAGUAGUGAUUGGUUCUAGUACGAUUGCUCCGACUAUCAGUAGCACAGCUAACGUGGCGAGACAAUCGUCUUCAGGAGCUAACCCGGGUCUAGUGGAUAUUCUUAAAGAGAAUGGUCUAUUUGCAACAGCGAAGUACUUGCGCCAGUCAGGUUUAGACACGAUCCUCAACGAAACGGGUCCAUACACCAUUUUCGUGCCCACUGACAAAGCGUUUAGAACUCUGCUCGUCCAACUCGGAGGUCCAGACAAGGCUGAGGAGAAGUUCCGUGACAACCCUAGACUGCUUAGCGGACUACUCCUUCACCACGUGAUCCCCGGUGCCUUCGACAUCGGCUCCCUCCAGGAUGAGAUGACAGGCGUCUCCCUUGCUGGCACACAACUCAGGGUGAACCAAUAUGACAUGCAUGAUGUCGAGUGGAACGAGGUCCGCGUCACCACCAUCAACGGAGCCAGGGUACUUGAUGACAAGAAGGAUAUUCAUAUACCUCAGGGCAUAGCUCAUGCAGUGGACCGAGUAAUGUUCCCGCUACCAGUGGGCGACCUAGUGCAGACGUUGCAGGCUGACAGGGACCGCCGGUUCACUACCUUCUUGAAGGCUAUACACGCUAGCGGCUUCGCGGAGACUCUUGCAGAAAGCAAAACCUACACAGUAUUCGCGCCAACGGACGCGGCAUUCGCUCGCCUACCGCCCGCGGAUCUCGCGCGGUACGCGGAGAAGGCCGGAGCCAGAGCACUAGUGGCCAGACAUGUGUUGCCAGGCACGCUGUACAGUGCUGGCAUGAGGUACUACCAGCUAAGAAACUCCAUGGAGGACGCUAAGCCAUUGACGUUGCAGAAGAAUGCUGGUCGCAUCAAAGUGAAUAACGCGCAAGUAAUAACGCAUAACAUCCCUGCAACGAAUGGCGUGAUCCACGCAGUCGACGCGGUCCUGUAG